AUGAUUAAGGAAAAACCUAGGGCGUGGCAUGACUUACUCCCUGAAGCCCUUUGGGCUUACCGAGUCUCAAAACGAUCGGCUACUGGCACAUCCCCUUAUACCUUAACCUACCGCCAUGACGCCAUCGUUCCGAUGGAGUUAAGGGUUCGGUCUCUCCGUGUGACCGAACGACCUGGGUAG